GAGACUUAGGCCUAGCGAUAAGCAGCCAACGACUCACUUCAUGGGGUUAUCGUCUUCUUGGUUUGCCAGGUCUAAAGUUUGCCCGUCGCUGUCUCUCCCGGAGUCCCCCAUCCCUGGGCCUCAGCGUCAUUGCAGAUUCCAUUCUUUGAUCUUGCGAGGACCCUUUCGAAGUCUUAAGGGAAGCAGAAGCCACAGAGUGUCGGCAAAGUAUUACUUAGAAAGAGCUGAACAGUAUUAUUGUGUAUGUAAAUUAUCCACCUAAUUGUAACAUGGCGAAUUAUAAGAUAGGAGAAUGUCCCCGAUGAAAGUUAAUACAUAAAAGCAGUUAUUCUAUUUGGACAUCACAACACACCUGAGAAAUGUCAAAGGACAAAAAAAGAGGCAAAAUGUGUUCUAAUUAUGAGUGCAAUAUAGAGCUUUUAAAAUGUAAGAACGAGAUUGCCCUGUUACAAAAUAAAUUGGAAAAAGAAGAAGCUCUUAGAGAAAGGCUUCGAUCUGAAUUGACUCUUGUCCUAAAGAUUGCAGACUUUGAAAAAAUGGAGCUUGAAAAACAAUUAAGUGAAGCAAACAGCUACUGCAGAACGCUAGUCUCUCAAAAAGCGGAACUACAAACAAAAGCGUAUGAAGCUGAGAGAGCAUUUCAUGCUUCCCAGCAGAAGAGGCAGGAAGAAGCCAGAUGCUUUGAAGAAGAUUUGGAGAAGAGAGACAACCUAAUUCGAAUAGGCCGUCGAGAAUAUGAUUUACUUCUGGAGAAAAAAAAUAAGAUUGAGCGUGCUUUUAAGAUUCAGGAACAUGAUAUGCAUGAUUUGCACAGGAGAAUAAGACACCUAGGGAAAAAAUGCGAUGACUCUUCCGACAUUCUGCUGCAUCAAACAAGUGAACUUAAAUCCAGCAUUGAACGAGAAAAGCACCUUGAAAGAGAAUAUCUGUUACAUAUUGAAGGCCUCCAAGAAGAAUUACAAACAGAGAGAGCUAGCCAUGCUGAAGCUGUAUAUGAUUUGGAAAUCAUUCUUGAUGAGUUUGCUGAAUUUGAGAAUGUGUAUGAAACUGAGAAGCGUAAUGCUCAAGUGAGCACUUUACAGCUACAGAGGAAAGAAAAAGAGUUUUCUGACACAAACAAGCAACAAAAUGAAAAGAUUGAGGAACAGAAAAAAGUAAUUACAGAUCUCUCCAGGAGACUUCAAAAUAAUGAAAAAUGUUGUGAUGAAUUACAGGAAGAACUUGUAAGGGUUAAGAGACACCAGACCGACCUAUUACAGACACGUGAAAAUGAUGCGAAAGAACUGGUAUUAAUCUUGGACAUGUUUCCUGGGUCGACUGAGCGGACAUCAGGCAUCCACGAGGACAAAGAUAAAGCUCCCGGGCUCUCUCUUGUCCUUGAGACUUUGAGAAGUACCUUGACAGAUUACCAAAACAGGUUUGAAGAUACUUAUAAUGAGGAAGCACAGGACAACCUGGCUGAUGCCAAUAAAGAGUUAAAUGAUCUGCACACUAAGUAUGCAGACAGGGGGGCUUUAGUGGACACUUUAAAAGUGGAAGUACAAGAUGGGCUACUCUGCUGCAAUAAAGAAAACAUGCAUACCACAGAAUCUGAAAAUGAAAUCCAGAAGCUUACCAAGGCUUACCAUAAAGAUGCUGAGGAGAAACUAACCUCCCUUCAUACUUUAUAUCAGCAUUUGGGAGCAGGCUCUGGGUUAAAAAGACAACCAGAAGGCAAACUGGAAUUAUUCUCCUGGUCUGAGAUUUGUGCAAUCUUGCAGGAGAAGGCAGAUGCCCCGAUCUUAGACCUCGAAAGGGCUAAUGAGAAGACAUUAGAAGAAAUUGCUAAGAAAAAUGAGGAAAAAUUUGCCAAGAUUGAAGAAGACCAAGAGCAGUUGAAACUUGAAAACGCAUAUUUGAAAAAUACAUUAUCACAGACUCAAAAGGAACGUACAUCUUUACUGGCAGCAUGUGCCUUAAUGGCAGGAGCCUUAUUUCCUUUAUAUAGCCGGAUACGUGCCUUGUGUAUACAAAGGGACUUUCUACAAGAUCAACUCAAUAAACUUGAAUUCCUCAAACAAGUAAUUAGAAAUAUAAUACGGAUUUUUUCUGAGGCUGAGAAUCAAGGCGAAAAUGAAAUGAAGAAGCCAACCAAAAGUCUAUUGCAUAUUUUCCGUAAGGUUGCCAUUUGUGUGAUGGCAGCAAAUCGCCUUCGGUGCUCGGUGCAAAAAUCCAACUUCCUGUUUUCUUGGGAGGGAAAUUUCCAUGGAGGCAAAGAAAUCCGAGUUUCUAUAGGAGAAUCUGAUGUUGAGCCUCAUUUGUCAGCUGGAAAUCAGAACACGCAGAUCUGUUGCAAUCAAGUACUUAAGUGGUUUUCCAGCAUUCAUCUUCUUUCUGCAAUAACCAAAUCUAUGACUGAAUUACAGGAAGUUAUUAUUGAAACAGAUCCAAAUCGCAUGCUUAAUGAAGAAUUACUUAUUAGUAAAGCAAAAAAUUCAUUUGCCAAACUUAUGGACAUACUUGGCCUGGCAAUGGAGAAUGGCCAGACCGUGGACUACAAAGAGCAGGGCAACCUGCUUCUGAGACUGAAUUGUGGACUCCAAAAAAUAAACGCCCAGGCCAUGGAAGAUGGUCUCGAUGUCCCGGUGCCUGUUAUGAACGAAGUAUCUGAAUUUAUAAGCAAACUACUCUCGGGGCUCACAGAAUUCAAACAGAAUCUGAAUGAAGUGAAAAAAGAACUUGACAUAAACCAGAGCCUGGAAUUGAAAUCCAAUGAGUCUGAGCAAUCUAAAUUGAUCUCCUCUGAGGAGGAUGUAAAUGAAUGUAUGGAACCAAAUAAUCCAGUAUGCCAGGAACAGCAGACCAAACUGCUUUUGAGUAAACUUUCACAACAGCUACAGGAGUUAAACCAUCAAGAAGAAUUGCCCUCUGGGGAGAAAGAUCAAAACCAAAUCCUGGCUGAAGCUAUUGAGGGCCUCUCCAAGGCAAAGAUGGAGCUGAGUAGAAAAGAUCAAUCUCUGGAUGAGCUCAAUAGACGUCUUACCCAGCUGGAGCAGGACAAGCGUCGACUCGAGGAGAGCAUCCAUGAUGCAGAGAGUGCCCUCUGCAUAGCAGCAAAAGAUAAAGAAUACCUUGCAGAUCACAUGAAAUCAGUGGAAAAGAUUUUUCUUAAGGUCACAGAUCAGAUUUCACUGUCACACACUGCGGCAGAUACUAGUGACUACACCCUGAAGCUACCAAAACUGCACCUGGAGACUCUGGCAAUGAAGGGGCUGCAGGGUGGGCCGGAGGUUGACGCUUUCCAGGGCAUGAUUAGAUGUUUCAUGGACAUCUAUGAAUUUGCAAGCUCCAGAACUGCUGGGUCUUCAGAAGAAACUACAUCUUAUCAAAACAACACUGAAUCCCUGAAGUCAGAAUCCCGAAAAGUUGAUCACAAUGAAAAGGAAAGUUUGCACUCCGUAAAUCCAUGCCUUAUUUGAGAUAAUCUGCUUCAGUUACAUGUAUAUUCAGGUCACACUUACUUCCUUGUUUUGCCAUUGUCAUAAAUUAUUGCAGUAGGUGAUCAACCUGGGUGGAUAAAAUUAUCAUUAACCUGGAAAAACCCUUGGAAGAGAGAAAAUUAUUUGGAGAAUUAAAUGAUCUGUAUUUUGUAUAAAGAUGUACAUUGAUAUGCACACAGCAUUAUGAUUUCCUUGUGUAUGACCCUACAACUGGAAGCUAAAAUUGAAAUUAUAUGUAGUUGGAGCAUGUUACUGUCUACAGAUGCCAUGUACCCAAUUGAAACAGAUUGUUUUUAAUAAUAUUUAACCAAAAUGAUAAUUAUAACUUUGUUUACUCUCUUAAGGGAAAUAAACAUAUACA